AUGUUAGUGUCUUGCCCGUUGAGUUGACGCGGCAGACGUUGUUGCGAAUGUUUAGUAAAUGAAAUUUUCAUUAAAAUUAGAAAACUAGUUAAAAAAUGAAGUGGUUUAGUCUCGGCCUCUUUUUAAUUGCGUGGUGCAAUUAUGCGAAUGCAUAUUUCAUUACCGUGGACGCACACGCCGAAGAAUGUUUCUUCGACAAGGUGGAAUAUGGAGUCAAAAUGGGCUUGACUUUCGAGAUAGCGGAAGGUGGAUUCCUAGACAUUGACGUAAAAAUCGUGGGUCCAGAUGGGAAAGUAGUUCACGAGGGUGAACAAGAAAGCAGUGGCAAAUACACUUUUCAGGCUCACACUCCCGGUGUUUACACCUAUUGUUUUAGCAAUUUAAAAAGCACAAUGACUCCCAAAGUCGUCAUGUUUGACAUGGAGAUUGGAGAUCCUCCGAAACAACCUGGAUCCGAAGCCAACAAGGAAGGCGACGACGCCAGUCAUGGAAAAUUGGACGACAUGAUCAAGGACCUCAGCAACAGUUUAUGGGGAGUUAAAACCGAACAAGAAUAUAUGCAGAUUCGAGACCGAAAUCACAGAGCCAUCAAUGAAAGCACAAACUUCCGAGUGGUUGUUUGGUCAUUCUUCGAAGCAACUGUCCUCGUUUGCAUGUCCCUUGGACAAGUUUACUAUCUGAAAAGAUUUUUCGAAGUCAGGAGAGUUGUGUAAUAUAUACUUUAAUAUUAAUUUAUCGCUGCAAAUGUUUGUGAACAUUGUUGGCGCACUCCAGGGCAAAAAAAACAAUCCAGGACUGUGUCCACAAUGUAAUUAUAUAUUUUUGUUUUUUUCCCCUCCCCUUUUGUUUAUUAUAUUAUAAAUUUAAUAAUGUAAGAGUCGAGCAGAGAUGUGAAACAGGUUUAAUUAAUCAGUUAUUUCUUAUGAGUUGUCACAGUUAUCAAGACUUUUAAUUUUCUUUCUGUGGAAAAGGUGCAUGGAUGAGUUCGGAAUGAAACGUCUUGUAUAUAUCUGCGUACUUAUAUAUUUCUUUCUGUACAUGAAAAACGAUUCUAAUUAAUAAACUUUUACAUUGACAA